AUGGGGCGCAAGCUGGACCUGUCGGGCUUGACGGACAUUGAGGCAGAUCACGUGCUGAAGGUGGUGCAGAGGGACAUGAAGCUGAGGAAGAAGGAAGAGGACAGGCUCAGUGAGAUGAAGCAGGAGCUGGCGGAGGAAGGCAGCAGAUGCUCCGUCCUCUCCAAGCAGCCCCGCUUCAACGAGCGCUGCUGCAUCCGCUGCUGCUCUCCCUUCACCUUCCUGGUCAACCCCAAGCGCCCGUGUCUGGACUGCCAGUACAACGUCUGCAAGGCCUGCCGCACCUACAGCAAGCGGGAGAAAGCCUGGCUCUGCGCCGCCUGCCAGAAGACCAGGAUAUUGAGGACCCAGUCUCUGGAAUGGUUCUAUAACAACUUGAAGAGCCGCUUCAAGAGGUUCGGCAGUGCCAAGGUUCUGAAGACGCUCUACAGGAAUCACAUAGUGGAGAGAGGAGGCUACUCCGAUCUACCAGAAAGCAGUGUUCACGACGGAAGCAAUGGCAACGAUGGCAGCGUGUGUGGCAGUGACUCCACCUUCUACAGGCAGAGUGAAGGACACAGCAUGGCAGAGACCCUCACUGUUGCCCUGCGUGUUGCUGAGGAGGCCAUAGAGGAAGCCAUCGCCAAGGCAGAGGAGUUUACUGACAGCUUGGAGAAGCAGAAUGAGGCUCGCUACCUACGGGACCACAAAGAGGAGCUUAUAGAGGAACUUGCCACAACCAUCGUACAAAAAAUAAUCCAGAGGAGGAAGCGUUCAGAGAUGCAGACAGAGUAUGACUUUGUUUGGCCCCAGAGCCAGGGCCAGCCCCAGGGCAGUGAGAUGUCCUCCCCCAGCCAGCCCCCUCACAGCACCCUGGCCCAGGCCAACCAGGCCCACCUCAAGAGUUCCUAUUCCCUCUGGAGGUCGCGGUCUGCGUUCUCCCUGACCAGUGACGAUUCUCCAGAGAAGAACACCGAGGCACUAGUAGGGGCGGGGGGAGGUGAAGGGGUACCGGACUACGCCUCUCUGAAGAAGGAGACCGCCAGGGCCUCCUCACUGCCCAGCUGGAAGAGUGUGGACCGCCUGGACAACUCCAGUGCGUCCUCGGUGCUGCAGAGCCCUGACGGUAACUGGAUCGCUCUGCAGAGCUCUCAGCACUCCCGUCCCAGCCUACUGACCAAGAGAAAGUCGCUGGUGUUCAGCGUCCUGGAGAAAGAGUCCGACGUGGUCUCGGCCUACGACGAGAUGGGCCCCGAGGACGACCAGGAGGACGACAAGGGGGGCUGGGGGGCCGCGCUGCGCCAGUUCCAACGGAAACUCUCCGACGAGACCUACUACACGGACUCCCAGCACGACCCUGAGUGGACGUACACCCCGGUCCACCUCCCGGUCACCUCGCCCUCCUCGGGCCAGUACACCAACACAGAGACCCUCAACUCUGACUCAGAGUGUUCCUCUGUACCCCCCGCCCGCCCUCACAAACCCCUCCAGAACAUAAUGAAGAAGACAGGCCCUAACCAGGACCCGUAUCUUCAUCCCCAGCAAGCUCAGAACCACCAUCAUCAGCAUCAACACCAGAACCCCCCUUCGUACUCGCUCCACCCGGAGGCGCUGGAUGUGAACUUUAACCCCAAGGUUACGGGGGACAGUGGACAAAGCAACCAUGUCAGGAGGUCGCGGAGACGCAGGAAGAGCAAGAGGGAGCUGGGGGAGAACCAGGCCCACGCACAGACACAUACACAGCCCCUUUAUUCGUCAUCUGCACAGAGUGGCAUGAGUGAGGAGAUGCCAGGGCCUGACGUGGGGCCCGUGCCCGAGACCAACUCUGCGGUCAUGACCCCCGAGCCCAAGAACCAGGACACUGUGGCCCCUAACUCUGCGGCCCCCAGUUCCCCUAACUGCAUGGCCCCUGCCCCUGGCCCCCUCUCCCCCAGCAGCUCUGGGCCCGGCUCGGGAGAAACACUGGAGCAGGAGCUCUACUCCAAACUGGGCCAGCUGGUUGAACGAGCCAGCAGCAAGGAAGUAGCGAGCUCAUCCGAGGAUGAGCCAAUCAAAAGUCCCGGAAGGAGAGACAGAGAAAGUGACAGACAGAAAGAGAAGCUGAGGCAGAUUGAUGUGUCUCUUGACGUGUGUGUGUGUGUCUCUUGACGUGUGUGUGCACGUGUGUGUGUUGAGCAGAAGUACUCGGCCGCAUCGCUGUGCAGUAUCACCACAGAGGUACUAAAGGUGCUCAACGCCACAGAGGAACUGAUUGGUGAGGCGGGGGGCGAUAGUGUCACCCCCUCUGAGUGCAUGAGCGCGUCUGAGUCCUUCCUCAGCAACUUAGAGACCAGGAAGCUGGACCAGAAACUCACCAAGAUGGAGGAAAACGUGUACAUGGCUGCGGGGGCGGUGUACGGCCUGGAGGGGGCACUGGGGGACCUGGAGAAGGUGGCCCGAGGCAUCAGCAGUGGCACCUCAGACAGAGACCUGGCCUUCCUGGAGGACCAGGUGGCCACUGCUGCUGCCCAGGUGCAGCAGUCUGAGCUCCAGAUAUCAGACAUCGAGGAGAGGAUAUUAUCUCUAAAAACAGCUGGACUGAAUGUCACCGCCUGCAAUCGUUUCUCCAACUUCUCCAAGCCAAAACCUAAGCCUCAAACCCUUGACACAUCACGCCAACAGAGGAGAAAACUACCUGCCCCUCCGGUCAAAGAUAAGGAGUCUGAGCAGCAGUGCCUUGAUCCAGCGUCUGCCUUGGGCUAUGCAGGGGCCAACACCUUCCCUGUGCACCCCACCCAGCGCUCUCCUCAGCCAGGCACGGCCCCAUCCAGUCACCCCCUGAAUACCUCCAGACCCCCUUCCCUGCCUCCCCCAGCCCAGGACCGACUCAUUCAACCCCUGUCCCAACCUACUCCAUCAGCCCGCUGGGCCUCAUUCACUGUAACUACCGCACCACAACGCCCACAACAGGGUGGUUUGAUAGACGACGUGUCUCUGCCUUAA